AUGGUGCAAUAUUUAUUUGUUUUCGUGUUAACAACAGCGUUUCUCCUUAGCAAUGUAUCAUCGCGACCGUCCAAUAAUGAGUCGCCUUUAAAAGUAGAGAUACCUGUUACAAACACAGAUGAAACAGUGACCGACCAUCAGAUCUUACAAGACUCUGAUAUUGAAAUAAAGGAAGGAAAUACUGGGAAUAUUCUUGACAAAAUUCAAGGUGUUAACGAUGCGCUUAAGAAGCCAAUUCUUCACAGAUAUCGUAUCUCAACACCUAAGGGAGGCAGUUUUAUAGUUGCCGCAGAAACUUUAGAGAAAAUCAAAAAUGCGAUUGAUUCCGGUAAACUUGAUAUUGAUAUUGAUACAAAAGAGGAAACAAAUAUGGUCCAAAAUAAAGAAGAAAGUCAGCGUUAUGUGAACUCUAGAGCAGCUAAGUUUAGAUCUAAUCUAAUGAAUAUGGGGCCUAAUGUCACUCCGUUUCCUUAUAUGACGAAUAUUCCUGUUUUAAUUAUUCCAUAUAAUGUGGAUAACAAUCGUAUUGACGGUUAUGACGAUCUCAAACAAACACAGAAUGACAUGUACCAAACGAGACGACAACCAAUUUUCAAUUUUCCUUCGCUUCCAUCCUUGCCAUCUUUUCCAUUUCAAAACUUUCAGCUUCAGUGGCCCUUCGCACAAUAUUUUCCACUUAUCAUAAAAGAUCCAUUCCUAACUCUAAGUCAAGGUGGUGGUUGGAACAAUUUAUUUGAAUAUGGCCAAAGCGCUGACGUAUGUUCAAGGAAACAGAAAUCUGUUGAAGAUAUUGACAACACAGAAGAGGUAUAUGUUGAAAAUAUUCCCGCUGAUGAAACUAAUUUAAAUCCUCUAGAAGAACACCACACAAGAGAAGGGCGAGCUUUAAAGAAGCGUACAAUUAACAAUAACCCUUCCACCCAACAAGUAGAUUCAGACAAAAAAGCGAAAAAGAUCUACGUCACUAAACCAGUAACGACAAAUACAAGGAAAACAACUAAAAAGCCUUACAUAGUUGAAGAGAUCGAAGAACAAAAAGACGAGGAGUCUGGUGACUUGCGAUUUCCAUUUAGUGAUUUCGGUUGGUUUGGUAACAAAAAGCCUGUUGCGCCGAGUCCUGGGUUCUUCAUAAACAAACUAAGGGUUAGAAAAGGUGGUGUGGCCAUAGCAGGCCCGGGUGGUGUUGCAACGGCGGGUAGAGGAGGCACGGCGAUAGUUGGUCCAGGUGGCCUGGCCUAUACACAACCAGGUGGGUUAGCGGUAGCCGGACCGGCAGCUAGAGUCGUAGCCCUAUCCCCAGAUGUAGAUUUGCAUUCCCUUAUAACGCGUAUCCAGCAGGACAGUACAGUGCCACGCUCAAAACAACCGAUUAGAGAAGGAAAAUUAGUCGCAACUGGACCUGUGGUUUACUACCAUCCUAAUGAGCAAACAUACGCGGACCCGGAAGAAGGACCCGUAAGCCUUGGACGACACGACAGCAAGGAUACCUAUUAUUACAAUGGAAUGAAGUUUAUAGAAAAACCAAUUAGAGAAUCCAAGUUUGUUUUAUACGUUGACCCUCAAGCUCGAGCGGUCAGUGGCAACGAAGGUUCAGCUAUAGCCAAUCCAAUCUCAUAUGUAUUCAUCAGAGGGGGAGAGAAAGGUUCAGUAGUGCAUAAACCUCUAGCAACUGCCGUGGCUGGCCCUGGAGGGAUAGCGCAUGCACUAUCUGAACUAUAUGUAUACGAAGAUAAUUCUUACGACUCCACCCUAUACUUACCAUUUUACGGUGGUGCAAAAGAAGAAAGUAUCACGAAUGAGAAUGUAUUUAAAAGCAACGAUGACAAUCUUCAAGCGAAAAUGUUUGCGACGAACCUAUCUCAACUAAAGUCUUUAUCGUCAACGGUACUUAGAAUAUACAAUUUAGGAAAGAGGCUCGGCUAUCUGAGUGAUAGAGAAAAGGAGAGAUUUGAAACUCAAUUAGGUCUUUUAGAAGAGACAGCAUCGAAUACCGUUAAGAUCAUCGAUGAUAUAGGUGGUGAUGUAAAUGUUUUGUUCAAGAAGAACAAGCAAGAAUCAACAACCAGCACUUCCACAACUGCUAGUUCUUUGAAGUCAGGCUUGGGUCAAAGGAAAUAUGGCGAGAAUUAUGAUGAUGAUGUGGGAGAAGAGGGGAUAAGUAUUGCAGCCCCAGACAAUGAUGAUUCUGAUGUUGUUGAUGAUGUUCUUGAAAGGGGUACUGUUUCAGAAGCUAAGCCAAUUGGUCUAGCUGUAGUUGGUGAGAACGGUAUAGCAGCAUCUCGCCCCAUGGCUACAGCAGUUGCAGCAUCUGGAGUUGCAAUUGCAAGACCCAUAGCAACAGCGAUAGCUGGCUUGGACCCCACACUCCUCGGAAUUGACUUCCAGCUCAACCACUAUCAGAAGUCUUACAAGAUCGUUAAGAAAACGUAA